GGGAGGGGAGGUAGGUGACUGGCAGGGCAGGACAGAUGGUGGACGCGGGGGCGCGCGCGGAGCAGGCGGAAGGAAGCGCGCCUCUCCUGAGCGCGCGCCCGGUGGGGCCGGCCGCGACUCGCCGCUCGCACGCCCUUGGGCCGGGGCAGUGAGCUCGCUGUUCCUUCCGCUUGCUGUGUGAGCUGAGCCAGUGUAUGUGCGGCAAUAACAUGUCAGCCCAGCUGCCCGCCGUUGUCCCCGCUGCCCGGAAGGCCACCGCCGCGGUGAUUUUCCUUCAUGGAUUGGGAGAUACUGGGCACGGAUGGGCAGAAGCCUUUGCAGGUAUCAGAAGUUCACAUAUCAAAUAUAUCUGCCCGCAUGCGCCUGUUAUGCCUGUUACACUAAAUAUGAACAUGGCUAUGCCUUCAUGGUUUGAUAUUAUUGGGCUUUCACCAGAUUCACAGGAGGAUGAACCUGGGAUUAAACAGGCUGCAGAAAACAUAAAAGCUUUGAUUGAUCAAGAAGUGAAGAAUGGCAUUCCUUCAAACAGAAUUAUUUUGGGAGGAUUUUCUCAGGGAGGAGCUUUAUCUUUAUAUACUGCCCUUACCAUGCAGCAGAAACUGGCGGGUGUCACUGCACUCAGUUGCUGGCUUCCACUUCGGGCAUCAUUUCCACAGGGGCCUAUCAAUGGUGCCAAUAGAGAUAUUUCUAUUCUUCAGUGCCACGGAGAUUGUGACCCUUUAGUUCCCCUGAUGUUUGGUUCUCUUACGGUUGAAAAACUAAAAACAUUGGUGAAUCCAGCCAAUGUGACCUUUAAAACCUAUGAAGGUAUGAUGCACAGUUCAUGUCAACAGGAAAUGAUGGAUGUCAAGCAAUUCAUUGAUAAAGUCCUACCUCCAAUUGAUUGACGUCACUAAGAGGCCUUGUGUAGAAGUACACCAGCAUCAUUGUAGUAGAGAAUAAACCUUUUCCCAUGCCCAGUCUUCAAAUUUCUAAUGUUUGCAGUGUUAAAAUGUUUUGCAGAUACACUCUAGUGACACAGAUCAAAUAAUGUCUCCUCAUGAGAAGUGUAUGAUCUUUUAAGUUUCUAUACAUGUAUUCUUAUAAGAUUCAGGAUAAACCAUAUUAAAAUAGAUGGAGCAGGUAGCUGCUUUUUUCUCAAAUGUAAGUCAGCAAAAUAAUAUAGUACUGCCACCAGAUUUUUUAUUAUAUCAUUUGAAAACUAGCAGUAUGCCUAGUGCAAAUUUGUUCAGGUAUAAAUGAGCAGUUAAGAUAUAAACAGUUAUGCAUGUUGUGACUUAGUCUAUGGAUUUAUUCCAAAAUUGCCUAGUCACCAUGCAGUGUCUGUAUUUUAUAUAUGUAUUCACAGAUACAUCAUGAUUGUAAUACAUAAUAAGAAUGAGGUGGUAUUAUAUUAUUCCUAAUAAUAGGGAUAAUGCUGUUUAUUGUCAAGAAAGAGUAAAUUGUUCUCUUUAAUAAAUGGCCCUUUUAUUUUGGGACCAGGUUUUUCUUUUCCCUGAUAUUAUUUCUAUUUAAUAUUCUUUACUCUUCAGAAAAAAAAAAGUUUAUUCUUUAUUAUCCUUCAUAGCAGACCAAAUAUAGCCUCUCUGCCAUAGACAGCUACUGUCAAUACAUACUGUAAUUUGACAUUUUGAGUCACAGAUAUAAGGUAUUUAAAAUCUAUUUAUGCUUUAUAGAGAAACCAGACAUUAAAACUUCAUGCACUACUUAUUUCAAAUUAUUAUACCUUAUCCAAAUUUACACCUAUUUAGUUAUUAGGAUCUUCAACACAGGUAACAGGAAUAAUUCUGUGGAUUUAUUUUUCUGUAAACAACUGAAAGAAUUAGAUCAUAUUCUAGUAUGUUCUGAAAUUUUUUUUUGAGACGGAGUCUUGCUCUGUAACCCAGGCUGGAGUGCAGUGGUAUGAUCGUGGCUCACUGCAACCUCUGCCUCCCCAUCUUGGUUCAAGCAAUUCUCCUGCCUCAGCCUCCCAACCAGCUGAGAUUACAGGCAUGCAUCACCAUGCCCAGCUAAUUUUUGUAUUUUUAGUAGAGAUGGGGUUUCACCAUGUUGGCCAGGAUGGUCUUGAACUCCUGACCUCGUGAUCUGCCCAAGAACCUUGGCCUCCCAACUUGCUGGGAUUACAGCUGUGAUUUGAAAAUUAGCAGUAUGCCUAGUGCAAAUUUGUUCAGUUAUAAAUGAGCAGUUAAGAUAUAAACAGUUAUGCAUGUUGUGACUUAGUCUAUGGAUUUAUUCCAAAAUUGCUUAGUCACCAUGCAGUGUCUGUAUUUUAUAUAUGUAUUCACAGAUACAUCAUGAUUGUAAUACAUAAUAAGAAUGAGGUGGUAAUAUAUUAUUCCUAAUAAUAGGGAUAAUGCUGUUUAUUGUCAAGAACCAUGCCUGGCCAUGUUCUGAAAUGUUUAAGACUGAUCUUGAAAACUAAUUUCUAAGAUGAUUUCAUCUCCUUAUAGCAUAGAGUUUACUUUUUACACAUUUGAAACCAAUUACUAUAGAAGAUGAGUCUAUUGUAAUUUUUUGCUUUAUUUUCAUCUGCCAGUGGGCUUAUUUGAAAUUUUCACUUCAGUCAAAUUAUUUUUUGUAUUUUUUGUCCAAACAUAAAAAUAGCAAUCAUUUUAAAUUGUCAAAAUUUCCAGAUCACUGGUAAAAAGUAUUUGAAAACAAACAAUGAGUAUUUAUAAAGGCUAGUCAGAGCCCUAUGAAUAAAGUGUAGUUACCAGAUAAAUAUGUAGCAAAAAUGUAUGCUUGGUAUUUCUGAACUCUGUUAAUUUUUCUGCUGUAUUCCAGCUGACCAAAACCAUAUUAAGAAUGCAUCUUUAUAAAUGGGUGCUAAUCAAUAAUGGAAAUAAUUUAGUAAUGGACUAUAUAGGAUGUUAAUAAUGAAGCCAUAUGUUUAUGUCUGGAUUUAAACAUUUUAAACAAUCAUUUACUAUGUCAUUUUUCUUUACCUUGAAGAACAUAAACGGUUGUUUCAGUUCUAAAUAUCAGCAAGAUAUUAUUUAUGGCAAGAAAUAUUCCGUUGAAUUGUUGUGCUGUAACAUGGGAAAAUGUAAAUGUUUUUCAUGGUUUCUAUCAAUGUGAAAUAAAAUUUAAUUCUGACUUU